AUGGCGGACCCGGAGGAGCUGCGGCUUUCCCCGCAGCCGCUGCCCUCCUCUGCCUCGUCUUCAGACGCGUCUUCAGCAUCUUCCCCCGGCACCCCGGGGGGUUUGGACCGGACGGUUCCGAACAGGAACAGCGGCCGGCCGGUGGACCCGCUGGAGGAGGUGGAGCUGCAGAUCGGAGACGCAGCAUUUUCAUUAACCAAACUUCUUGAAGCUGCAUCUGCAGUAUCAGCUCAAGUGGAAGAGCUUGCCUUCAAAUGUACAGAAAAUGCACGUUUCCUUAAAACAUGGCGGGACCUCUUGAAAGAAGGCUAUGAUUCCUUGAAGCCUGACAACUGAUUUGACUGCCUCUCACUGUCGUGGCCUCUCCCGUUGCGGAGCACAGGCUCCGGACGCGCAGGCUCAGCGGCCGUGGCUCACGGGCCCAGCCAUUCCGCGGCAUGUGGGAUCCUCCCAGACCGGGGCACAAACCCGCGUUGCCUGCAUCGGCAGGCGGACUCUUAACCACUGAACCACCAGGGAAGCCCUAAACAAGUUACUUUUUAAAAAUGCAUCAAAUUUAAAUGGUGCAAUUAUGUUCCUAUUAUUCGAUCUUCAUGACAGUGUUCUAUUUCACUUGUCCCGUAUCUUACGUUGCGCUCCCUCUCUCUCUCUUUCUCUUUUUUGGUGGGUUUGUGUCGUAUAUGUCAGUGAUUGAACCAACUAAUUCUCUUGCUGUGUAACUUCUGGAUGCCUCCGGUACAGUAUCUUACUUCUUUGUAGGUAAGGAGGUAUGUACAGAACUAUAUUCCCAAGCCCCACAAUGGGCCUGUGAAAGGGGACACAUGGAUGGGCAAAGGAUAGUUUUGUUUAGCAUAUUAGGUCGUGGUUCUUGAUUAAUUUUUUGAAGUUAAGGAUAACACAUAUGGUGUGUUCCUAUACCAAAGAGAUGCUUGUUUUGAUAUUAGAAAACUGUUUUUCUUAUGUGUCAUGAAAAUUGCAAUUUUCAAAAUGUACAAAAAUAAACUUUUGUUCAAACCAAA